AUGGUCAAGAAUACUGCAGAUAUCUUGCCAUUCUUCUAUCUACCGAAUCUUCAACCCGUCUCCGCCUCAAUUCAGAACCCGGAUCAAUGGGCGUGGCCCGCACCACACGCACCGGUCCCACCAACGCUUAAAUCCCUGGAUUUAACUAAUAUCCGAGAAAGGUAUCUAGGGGAAAUCCUUGCUGUGACGAAGAACCUACACACUCUACGCUGGAAGUGGUAUUACGACUCAGGCGUCCAGGAUGACUUUAUUACCCAGACUGUCGACCUUGAUCAGAUCGCUGCUGCGCUAUCUCAUGUUCAAGGAACUCUAACGGAUUUGGCCAUCAUUGCUGACUGCCAGCCUGCAGCUGCAGUUGGUGAUUAUCUGUCCCCGGGGUUAGAAGCGGUGGGCUCGUUAACACCGUUGGUACACUUUGACCGGAUCAAGACACUCCAAAUCCCCUUGGCGUUCCUGGUGGGAUUCGCUCAGGAUAGGACGAAACGGCUACAGGAUGCUAUCCCUAGAAACGUCGAGUUCCUGACCAUCACGGAUGACUUGGCGCUGCAAAAUACGGAUUACAUGGAACAGCAGUGGCCUGCAUGGGAAUGGAGGGAUUAUGCUAUCUUAGGCCUAUUGGAGUCAUGGCUGAGGGAGUGGACACGAUGGACACCACAUCUUAGUCGCGUUACUCUGCUGCUCGGUUGGAUUGAUACGGGUACAAAUCAAUGGUCGCCGAGGGCGAGGGAGCAGCUCUGGGGCUUGAGUGCUCAAGUUGGGAUUCCACUUGAGUUUGUCAACAAGCCUCGAUUGUAA